UACCACUACCAUGGCCCCCGUGAAGACACAAUGGAAACGCUUGAUUCGGUUUGUCGCUGCGGAGACCAACCAGGUUCACCUCGGUGAGCCCGUUGACCCCAACCAGGACGUCGGUCUGGCCUUCUCUCAACGGAGGCCGGUCAAGGCCUACGAAAUCUUGGGCAAUGCAACAGACCCUGGCGCACAGGUAACCAGUCUCGUCCUCACCGUCAAGGAGCUGCUCUCUCCUCUGGCGAGACAUGAAGUUGGUGGGAUUGUGCGCUGCCUCGGCUUAAACUACGCCGACCAUGCGGCCGAAGCGAACCUACAGAAGCCUUCGGUGCCCGUGAUCUUCUACAAGCCGAUAACAUCGCUCAUCGGCCCUGGGGCCAUCGUCACUGUCCCAAAAGUUGCCCGCCCGGUGCAAGAGCACUUGCCCGACUACGAGGUCGAACUCGUCAUCGUUAUUGGCAAAGCAGCGAAGAACGUAUCAGAGGCCGAGGCCCUGGACUACGUGCUGGGCUACACAGGCGCUAACGAUGUGUCUUUCCGCAAGCUGCAAAUGUCCGCUGGUGGUGGACAAUGGGGAUUCUCAAAGAGCUUCGAUGACACGAACCCGCUCGGCCCAUGCAUUGUCGCUGCAAGCGCAAUUCCCGAUCCACAGCGUCUCCCUCUCAAGACCACCGUAAACGGCCAGACUUUGCAAGAUGGCAGCACUUCCGACCAAAUCUUCAAUGUCAAGCAGACAAUUGCUUAUCUCUCACAGGGAACGACACUCCUUCCCGGAUCGCUGAUCCUGACGGGAACACCAAAGGGUGUAGGCUUCGUCAAGAAACCUCCGCUCUACCUGAAGGGUGGCGACUACAUGACGACAUAUGUCGGCGGAGGAGUGGGUACCCUGGCGAACUUGGUUGUGGAGGAGGAUGCCAAAGAGAAGGCCAAGUUGUAGGAAUUUGGUGACAUGUAAUGAUAGUCGGUUAUGCUAUGCAAUCCACCUGCAGUCGA